CUGGCUUAUUUGGGGAAAAAAUUAAGAGGGAGCAGCAGCGGAGACGGGAGAUAAAUUAAUUAGCCACUGCUACCAUAUAACCCAGGGUGGGGAAACCUUAGCCUAGAUUCUUAGUACACCCACUAAUAUCACUAGUAUUCCAGUUUCCACUCACGUCAAGAUUCUGUUACCAACUAAGGGUAACGACGAUGGCGGAACUGGUGAGGGACUGGCUGGCGGACUACCAGCGGACACGGGGUCAGCCUGCCGAAGCGGAAGCAUUCGUUGUGGAGCAUGAAACUGACCCCGAGAUCGCCGAGGCCAUCUUUACCAUCUUCAACGAGCGUCAACGAAAUGAGGCUCUAGUCCAUGACAUUUGCCAGCAAUUGUUAGCCUUCUACCGAUCGCCGGAGCUGACACUGCACAAGUUUCCACUGCAAUUCAUCCCGGUUCUCGUUUACACGUACCUGCACUCGGUGGCCGGCGGCGAUAAGAAGGCUGCUCGGGGCGUCGAGACCCUACUCAUCUGCAUUUACAAUGGCGAGGUUUCCACCGACGACGGGGGCCAGAAGGUUGUGGCCUUCCGCAUGCCCAUCCUGGCCCAGACAUCCGUCUACCACGAGGUAAAGAACCUCCCCAUGACGGAUCUUCGCCGUUGGGAGGAAAAUUGCAACAGAGAGGUCAAGUGGGGGCCGCACCAGCGCAUAGAGUCUAUCCAUGCCCAGAACCGAAUGCGUAUCCUAACGGCGUUGCUGUUCUGCUACAAUCAGCAAGUUAGUCAGACGCAGAAGUCGUCGCUGCUUCAUUUGUGUCGGGUCACUUCUCAGCUGGUAAAUCAGGGAUUCACCACAAAGUCGGGUCACGGUCACCGCAUGAGUUAUGGUUCCGAUCCGGCAACCGGAGCCACUUUUCCUAAGCCCUCCUCACCACGCAUUCCACUGUCCGCCUCCUUCCUUAUCGAACUGGUGCACGCAAUCUAUUUUGCUAUGUUCAACGGCUAUGGCACGAUAGCCAUUCAGACGCUGGACGAUAUCCAUAACCGGGCCACCUACGAGAUGUACUCGGAACUGAUCCUGGUAACUAGUGCGGUGCGCAAUUCGCUACACGCGAAUCCUUCCGGACAGCCCAACGACGGACCCAUGGGCCUGAGUGUAGCUUUGACGCCAUCCACAACCACGGUGACCACUUCUGUAUCUAAGUCCAUGAUCACAAACGCCUCCUUCCGAACGAAAAAACUGCCGGACGACAUACCCAUCCAGGUACAAGAUCUUACCAUGCAGCAGGUUCCACAGCAACUAGCAAGCGUCUCCGAGGAGGCGGAACCUGGCACCAAGGAGUCGCCAUCGACAAAGGAGAGUUCCGGCACGCGCACUUCUAUCAUGAGGCCCAGUAUGGAGGGCAUCAAGGCGCAGGCACACAAGGCUCUUAUUGCUGGCUUCAAAAAAUCCAAGGACAAGGAGAAAGAGAAGGAUAAGGAACCACCGAAGCCACCACAGCGAAAGUUCGACAAGCACACGCAGCGUAACUCUUUGCUUCAGCUGCAGGCGGAGCCCAGUUCGAAUGUCAGUACGGAGCAGCCACCCACUGGUGAAGUUUUGCCGUUGCAGACGCUCUCGCUGAUCAACGAAAACGGCAGUAACAGCUUCAGCGUGGACAGCGACCUCAACGACGGCGUGCUGGGCGUAAAUGCAAACACAUCCCUGCCACCGCUGAGCAGCACCACCAACUCGGUGACCAGCAGCGACCUGCUCACAAAGAGCUUCGACUCUAGCAUUGAACUGGCGCCGCUGGGACACAGCAGCAGCAAUGGCGGCAAGUUGACCGAGCACAGCUUGGCGGAGUAGUGCAAUCGAUCGUCUCGUUCCAAAGGCGAUUAGCCAAACCCAAGUAUCAAGUAUAUAUAUUUACAACCACAAACGGGGUGAGUGGAUUUUGUAUGAAAGAAAAGAUGAGAACGAUAAACAUUCAAGGCAUUUAGUAAUCCAAGGAUAAUUGUAGGACACUUCCUAAAUAGUUCUGAAGGAAUAAUACCAAAUAAUUUAUUUUUCCGAUUUCCAUAAUAUAAAGCAAUGUUUCUGGUUAGGUGCAAUUAUAUCUCUUGCAUUUUGGUCGGACCUUAUAUAGUUAAUACUCAGAACCAUCCACAGAUUACUUGCCGACACACCAAUAUCUUCAUGACUAGAAAUCCACUCACCCUACUAUAUAUGUAUAUUCGCCACCUACCGCUGUGUAUUAGCCGAACAAAACCGUGGACGGGAGAGGAGAUUUGAAUUUAUGGAUUAAGGAUCGUUUGAGUUUGUUGAAUUUGAUGGGUUUUCUUAGUUGUUCGUAUGUAAUAUCGUAUUCCAAAUCCAAUUGUUGGUUAGAUUAAGUGUUGCUAGGACGUCACAAGAAUUAUAUAUACAAAAUGUAUACACACGGAACCCUUGGUAGACAUCGUAUGCUAAAGCUUCAGUCAAGGGAGACGAAUGUUCCAUUUUCGGGGAACACAACGUUCAGAUCCAAAUCCCGGUGCAUUUCACUUGUUUUAGGUAAGCAGCAUUGACGCUCACACAUUCGAUAUCUACUCGACAUUCAGCCAGAGUUGGGUCCAGGCAAUUUCAAUUGAAUUCUACAGGAAGUCUUUUAGUUCUAUCACUUAUUAGCAUAUACAUGUGUAAACUAAUAUAUACAUACAAAUAUUUAUUGAACGUUGACUUGAACCAUGUUAUUGAUUUAAAAUAAAUACAACAACUAAAUACGUAA